UGCACCGGCUGCGGCGUUCUCUCAAUUGCGUGUCGUGUAGCUAGCUGGGAUUCUUUCGAAUUGGGAUCUUGUAUAAGAUAUCACGAUGCCUCCCAAGAAGGACUCGAAGGGCAGCUCUAAGCAGCCCCAAAAAACUGUGAAGAAGAAGGAAGGAGGUUCCGGAGGCAAGGCUAAGAAGAAGAAGUGGUCCAAAGGAAAAGUCAGGGACAAGUUAAACAACCAAGUCCUUUUCGACAAGAGCACUUAUGACAAAUUGCUCAAGGAAGUGCCAAGCUACAAACUGAUCACUCCCUCCAUCCUCAGUGAAAGGCUAAAGAUCAGAGGAUCAUUGGCCAGGAGAGCUUUGAUCGAACUCCAACAGAAGGGCUUGAUCAAACAAGUUGUUCAGCAUCAUGCCCAGCUGAUCUACACCAGAACCACCAAGGGUGAUGAUCCCGUAGCUUAAGUUUUUAUAUUUACCUGUACAUUUAAUAAUAAUAAAGUUAUUUGUACGGUAA